AGUACCUGCUUAUCAGUGCCAUGUACCGAGGGUGGGUAUUUUUACUGGCGGCUACUAACAUGCUCAUAGUUAGAGCGCUGGUGUCACUCUGCGCUCCCGUUUCCGCCUAUCUAGACGCGAAGUCCAAGACUGAAGUUGCGGGGUAGUCAGCAGUGAGUAACUACAUGUCCUGAUGCAUCCUUAGGCCCUGGAUAGACUAGUUCAUCUACAGGAGUAACAGGAUAUCACAGGGCUUCCGAGUAGUCAACAACGAGCGUCCAAAUCCGCUGGCAGUAUGACCCUUCGACUAUCUUUGGCGAAAAAUGAUCCACUCCAGACCACUUUCUUUUGCCCAGAGCGUGCCAUACACUAUACCACUGACACAGUCCCACGUAAUGAACCCUCCUGUGGAAGGAAAGCUACCACGACGGUUAAGAAGAACAUUGUUGGAGAAUCUCAUCACGUAGGCAUCAUUGAGUGGCCAGUCAAUCCUGGCGACCGGCCCGCAGUGGUGAUGGGGUCUAAGACAAUUGAAAUGAUAAAGACGGGACUACUUACAUCUCCGGAGAAGUUUCAGGCGAGUGACGGCAAGUGGUACGAGUGGCAAAUUCAUGAUUAUCGAGCGAAACUCGUGCCAUUAAAGGGUGCUCACUCACAGGCAUGCAUAGCCACGUUUGUCCCCCCACUUAAGCAGACUCUGUUCAAACGGGAGCCUGCUGCGCUUCAAAUCCUACUGGAGGCUGCACACAUCCUGGAUGAUAUCAUUGUCACCUUUAUCUACUUCGAGACUCAGUGGCGAGAAAAAGAGCGAGCAAGAUCUCGAUCGUGGGACACUGGUUAUGCUGCUGGUCCGACUUUCUAA